AUCGUGCGCUCGCCGUAAACACAUCAAUUCUCGGGUGAAAUUGUCGUCUUUAUUGUGCAAAAAGAAUUAGAGAAAAAAAAAUCUUAUUACAUAGUAUACAUAAAAGGUAGAGAACGAAGAAAAGAUAUUUUAAUUGUCAUAAAACAAAUCAAAACGAAGCAAGAAAAACGAGUAGAAUUCUUAAACACCGUGCAAAAUCAAACGAAAAAUACAUCCAGGAAAAGUGUGUAUAUCGAGCAGCCAACAGCAGUAGCGGAAAAUUUAUAUAAAAAAUUACAGAAAAAGUUAGCACAAUCAAAAACUAUCGCAUACAAAGAAAAUCGAUAAAUCGAUUAGCUUAGCAGCUCUCGAAUUUCACACACGCUUCAAUUAAAACGCCAUCUUCAGCGUUGCCAACGACUUUUUAGCAGUCAACGUUGACAAGAGACGCAGCCGUCAUCGUCGAGACAGCGCAGAAUUAAAAUAAAAGAAGAAAUUUCCGCCAGAACGAAGUUGUGAAAAAGCAUCAAAAUUAUUGCCGCAACGAGAAAAACACACGCCAACGCAAUGGACUUUAUGAUGGCGAAUGCCGGUGCUGCAGGCACAGUAGACGCUCAGGCCCAGCUAAUGGCUCAAACCGCCGCCAAUCCGGCCGCUGCCGCAGCCGCCCUAGCCGCUUCGAAUGCAUCACCUGCGCAGACUGCUGCCGCUGCUGCAGCCGCACAACUGCAACAGCAGCAGCAGGUGCAGCAGGCCAUUUUACAGGUGCAGCAACAGCAAACACAACAAGCCGUCGCCGCCGCCGCUGCCGCCGUCACCCAGCAAUUGCAACAGCAAACUACCAACGGAAAUACGAAUACCCAACAGAAUGGCAAUAAUAACGGCUCAUCCGAGACACGUACUAAUCUCAUUGUAAACUAUUUACCACAAACAAUGACCGAAGAUGAGAUACGAUCAUUAUUCUCCAGCGUAGGCGAAAUUGAGUCUGUGAAAUUGAUACGUGACAAAUCACAAGCUUUUAUGGAUCCACUAAAUCCGCAAGGACCAAAUAAGGGUCAAAGUUUGGGUUAUGGCUUUGUCAACUAUGUACGCGCACAAGAUGCCGAACAGGCCGUUAAUGUAUUGAAUGGGCUGCGUUUACAGAAUAAAACCAUCAAGGUAUCAUUCGCACGCCCCUCAUCGGACGCCAUUAAGGGUGCGAAUCUAUAUGUGUCGGGACUGCCGAAGAAUAUGACACAGCAAGAGCUGGAGGCAAUUUUCGCACCAUUCGGAGCUAUAAUCACAUCGCGUAUACUACAAAAUGCCGGCAAUGAUUCCCAGACCAAAGGUGUCGGUUUCAUACGUUUCGAUAAGCGCGAGGAAGCAACGCGUGCCAUUAUUGCACUGAACGGAACCACACCACCGGAUUGUACCGAUCCGAUUGUGGUGAAAUUCUCAAAUACACCGGGUAGCACUAGCAAAAUAAUGCAACCACAAUUGCCAGCAUUCCUCAAUCCACAGUUGGUGCGGCGCAUCGGCGGCGCUAUGCAUACGCCGGUCAACAAAGGCUUGGCACGUUUCUCACCCAUGGCCGGCGAUAUGCUCGAUGUUAUGCUGCCAAAUGGUUUGGGUGCGACAGCGGCCGCUGCUAGUGCAUUAGCCAGUGGUCCGGGCGGUGCUUAUCCCAUUUUUAUUUACAAUUUGGCACCCGAAACUGAGGAGGCAUCGCUGUGGCAGCUAUUCGGCCCAUUCGGCGCAGUGCAAUCGGUUAAAAUUGUUAAGGAUCAAACCACAAAUCAAUGCAAAGGUUACGGCUUCGUGUCGAUGACCAAUUAUGAUGAAGCGGCAAUGGCAAUUCGUGCACUAAACGGUUAUACACUGGGCAAUCGGGUGCUACAAGUUAGCUUCAAGACCAACAAAUCAAAGUAAAUUAUCUUUAAAGCGAAAAAUCUACAGUAGUAACAUCUAACUGCAACAAUAGUAGUAGUACCCAAUAACAUCAACUGUAACAAUAACACACGCAUACACAAUGAAAACAAUAACAGCAAUAAUAACAAUGUAGCGGAAAUACAGUAGUAACAGCAGCAACAUAUUGCGGACGGACAAAAAAUGUAAAUCGGUGAGCGCGGAGCCGAGCUGCAACCCGACCGCAGGCAAGUUGAUGGAAAUGCGCGGGUUGGCUUUAUUUAAAAUUGGUAAAAGUGUGUGAUGUGCAAGGCGUGUUGUGGGGAGGAUGAGUUUGCUCUUCCUCCCCCCAACAUUCGCAACGCACGCCAACCUCGUAUUUUCCAUUUUUUAAUUAUAUUUUUUAUAUUAAGCAUUUACUAAAAAGUCCAACUUGAAGCUAUACGAAGCUGGAAAUUAAAUUAAUUAAUUAGCUUUUGAAAGUGAGGUUAAUUAAUCUAAUUUGUUACACUGUAAAUUCUAAUACAAAAUCACAAGCGCGGAGUAGUAGAUAGGUGCAGAGAAAUAUUGACAACAAGAAAUUUGUGUUGUAGCAAAAUUUUGAGGUUACAAGGCACUUCUAAAAGGGAUGUAACGAUUCAGUAUAUCUGUAGCGAAGUGAAAAUAUGAAAACAAAAAAAAGCAAAGAGAAAUCAUUUGAAUAUAUUUUUCCUUAUCAGCUUCCACCCUCAGUGGCUUUGCGAAAAGAAAAUGGAUGCACAUAAAUGCUUAAAAUGGCGCGCCAAAUGCCGCUAGCAACCACCCGUUGUGCGCGUAAGCAGGCGGCAAGCUUCCCACACGCCUCAAAUAAUUGGGGUGGUUACGGCAGGCACUCCAAAUCAGUCCUAGUGUAACGUCUGGCAGCGUAGCACAUAUGUGUCUGUUUGUUAGUCACCUGAAUUUCACAAUGCCAAAACAGUGAAGGAAAAAUAUAUUUCACAGUACAUUUCUAUGUAUGUGUAUGUUUGCUUUUGAAAUACAUAUACAAAUUUUGGCAAUUUCAAUCAAUGUUCUGCGAGUGUUGGCUUAAUUUAGAAAAAGUGGCCUGCUUGGUGGUAAUCAAAUUGGCAAGCAAAUUCUGAAAAUUAUUACUCGACAGUUUAGACUAUUUUUAAAUUAACCAACAGCUGCAACUCGCGGCUGAAUACUUACUUGCAUGUGUGCGUAAACACGAAUACACAUACAUAUGUAUAUUUAUUGAAUCUCAGCAAACAAUAUAAACGAAUCAACUAGCUGCGCCACACAUUCAAAUAUGAAAGACAAAAAAGUCAUUUUAUAUUUUCACUACUCUAGUCUGAAAUAAAAUAGAAAAAAUGCAAAGAAAACUUAUAAAAACGAAAGUUUUGCAAAAUUAAGGCCCAAAACAAUAUUUCUGCAUCCUCUAGAAUUUCUUAAGUCGAUGUAAUAUUUGUUAAUAUCCCUACAAACAAAAGCCAAAACGUAUGUGUGAAAAAAAAUGAAUGAGCAUCCCUUUACAAAUUGAAAUCGAACAAAGAGAUCAACACAAAAUUUUCCAAAUUAAAACCCGUUUCGAAAAUUUCCAAAACUAUAGUUGUAUGAAAACUACUACUGCACGAGUAUAUCACAAAACCGUUUAGCUCAAUGAGCGCCAAUUAGGCAGUAACUAAAAAGAAUUAGUGAACAGUUCUUUUGAAAAUAUACUAAUAAUUAAGAAAUAAAGGCAAACAAAAAUCUUCCAAAACAACCUUGGCCUGCCGGCAGCAAUAAAAGUAUUUUAAAUUUCAUUUGCUAUUUUAAAAGUUGACAAUUUUUAUACGUUUUCUAACUCAAAAUAUGCGUUAUAAGCAAAUGAUAAAUUUAAAUGCAAUAAAUUGUGCAGCAAGCGCUCGAAAGAAAGGCUUGAAGAAAGACGAGUGCGUACGCAGGUUUUAAAGUAAAGCAUUACUAUAAUACAAUAAUUAAUUGAAUGUUUAAAAACAACUCUAUUUUGGUAUAAAGGUUUUCAAUUAUAAGGUUAGCAAAACGAAAAAAAAUUGUUAAAACAAUUGAUAAAGUUAAUGAGUUUAGUGGCAUUCAAGAGUAAAAAACCAGAAAAGUAGGAACGAUGACAUGUAAUUUCAAUUAAAUAAAAAAUAAACUAAAAUUUUUAAAAUUAUUUAACGUACUAGCAAAACAAAACAAAAAAUAGUAAAUAAUCUUAGAGACUAUAGUAAAAGCAACGUCAAGGAGGCUGCUACAGUAUUAAAUAGCAAAAGCUUAAAUUUAAAUAAUUAAAAAAAUAUAACUAAGAAAAUAACCAAAAGUUGGGUGUAAGUUCAUAAAAAUAUAUGUAACUAUAAAAUAAAGGGGCAAAGCCUGCGUGCGCAAAUACAAAUUUACAGAAAAAGUAGAUCUUUUGAAUUUUAAAUGAGCUAAACAACUAUAACUAGACAGUAUCGAAUGAGAAACAAUAAUUAUUAAAUAAACAUUGCGCCUCCAGAAGGCUAAAUUUACAAUUAAAUAUAUAAUACAUCCAAUAUCAUAAAUAACUAUCCACACUUGAGAGUUAAUAUAAAUUUUAAAAUAAUAUAAAAACUUGCAUAACAUAUGAAACAAAAAUUUUAUUUAAAUUUAAUUAAACAUUAAUUGAUUGAAAGGUUGCGGCAGAUCCUUUUUACAUAUUGACAGGAAAAACGCACAGCUUGUUGUGUAUUUUGGUGGCGAAAAGAACGCAAAAAGUGUUGUUGUUUUUAGACACUAUUUUUACGCUUUUUGCGCUUUAAUUAACGCUAAUGGUGCGCUGAAUUAGUAAACAACUUAAAAUAACAGUGAAAUAUUCACAUAAUAUAACUUCAUUUUUUUUAAAUAAAAAAUAAGCGCUAAAUAUUUUUAGCAACUUAAAAUUUGUUUAAAACGAGCUUUUAAAGAGUCAAAGGCAAUUUUUUAAGCGCUGUAUGCGCGCCUAACACCGUUUUAGUGCGCUAAGUUCAGAAAGUUUUGUAUUCGAAGUUAUUCUCAACAGGAGAAAGCGGAGCAUCCUUAUUGUAGUUAGAGCGUUCGUUUUUGUUCUUUUUCGUCACCACCUACGCACAAAGCGCUAACAUGAGUGUUCAAUAAUUUGUUUGAGACAAAAUUACAAUGUGAAGCACAAAUCACCCGAAAUACAAAUAAGCUAUACAUAAUUUAGUGUGCAAUGUUUUAAGCUUUAGGCUGCGCACAUAUAUAUAUACACACAUACAUAUUAUUGACACACACACACAUGCAUCAAUAUUCGUGUAAUGUUUAAAAAAUCAAUUUGUUUAUUUUUAAACGUAAUUUGGUUUGUUUACAAUCAAUGGUUGCAGGUAUUUGUUUGAGGAGCAGUUUUGAAUUGUUGAAAUAUAUUUAAUAGAAAUUUGUUACAUUUACGAUUUUGUGUUGUUUGUGCUUCCACGAAUAAUGCCCCUUUGAUUUUGUUCGUUUGUAGUGCAGUACAUUGGCAUCUUGUGUUGAUUUCUUUGUUUCAAUUUACUUUACUUUGAGUUUUGCGCAAAUGCGCUUCAACUAUUACUUGCUACAACCCACAUGAGUUCGAAAUGUAAAAAAUACUACUUUCGAACAAUAUUUGAAUUACUUUUGAAGCGUUUAACCAACAUAUUUGAAGUUGUUUAAAGUUAUUUAUUAAUAUACUUUUUUUCGAUAAGUUCGAUUUCUCAACACGGCUACUACUCUUAUGUUUGUUGUUGUUUUUUUUUUUGUACCCACGCUCGUAAAUUAUAAUUUUGUCAAAAAGAAAAAAAUGUGUGUUCAUGUAAAAUUGACGCGCGUGUUCUCCCAGCUAUUUUGUACACAUAAUUUAUAUAUUUAUACAUAUAUACAGUCCAUAUACAAUACAUACACACGCAU